AUGACAGUAUCAGUAAUGGAUGAGGCUGUAAGAAUUUUAAUGGGUCAUGGAUGCUUUAAGGCUUACCUUUUUGAGAUACAACGUAACGCGUCGCCGAUUUGUGCGCAUUGUCGUGUGACUGCGGAUACGGCGAUGCAUAUGCUGUUGUUUUGUCCAUCUUGGGCCGCAGAGAGGACGUCACUUUUUGAGGGAUUGGGGCACGAUGUCCUUGACAGGACAUAUGGCAUUGUCAGGAUAGUUAUGUGCUCUGCUGCGUAUUGGACGGCCCUCGCAGAUUUCUGCGAUGCAGUUAUGCGCAAGACGGAGCAAGCCGAGUGGGAGCAUCAGGCUCUAAAGAAACAAAGAGCUUUUUUAGAUCGGGCCUACUGA